CUAUACGCUAUCGUUCGCCCGCCACCACCUCACCCACCGCAAACUCAUCACGCACACACACACCGACACGGACUAGCACGACUCACCGCCGCCGUUCAUUUCGUAUAUUAUCCGCUCGUUGGUACUUGGUUUUCGUGCGCCGAAUUUUUCGCGGUCCGCCACUAGUGAAUUAACCGUCGACCAACUGCCGACGUAAUCGUUUUUUAAUCUUUUUUUACAUUUUUACACGGUUUCCCGCGGGGCAACUGAAAACCAAUUCACGACGACGACGACUCCGUUACAAUCAUCAUCAUGUCCGACGUGUCCAAAGAAACGCUGAAGAAAGAGAUCGCCGCUCUCCUAAAAACAGCAGAUUUGACAAAAACCUCUGCAAAGAAAAUUAGACAGGAACUUGAAAAAAAAUUAGACACAGAUCUUGAUGAUCGGAAAAAAGAAAUUGACACAUUAGUAAUGGAAGCUAUUAAAAAAGCUAAAGCCACCAAAAAGAAUGGCAAAGGUGAUAGUGAUGAUGAGAAUGACGACGAUGAUGAUGAUGAUGCAGAAAAUGAUGAGGAAGAUGAAGAGGAAGAAGAAGAAGUGAAACCAGCCAAAAAAGCAGCCGCUCCUAAGCGUAAGAAGGCUGAUAGCAGUGAUGAAAGUGCUGGAUCUGACGAUGAUGAUGGUGACAAAAAUGACGGUGACUAUAGCCCUAAAAAAGGUACCCCAUCUAAAAAGAAGGCCCCAGUGGCCAAACGGGGACGUAAGAAGAAGGAUGAUAGUGACAGUGAUGAAGACUGGAAAGGAGCCAAAAAAGGAGCGAAAAAAACUGGGGCCAAACGAGGAGGUAAUAGUGGUUACACAAAAUCAGUAGCACUUAGUCCUGAACUUGCUUCUCUCAUGGGAUCUGAAGCUUUACCACGUCACGAAGUUGUUAAAAAAAUGUGGGCAAUCAUUAAAGAGAGAAAUCUUUAUGAUCCAUCUAACAAACAAUAUGCUAUUUGUGAUGAUGAUUUGAUGAAAGUUAUUGGAGUUAAACGUUUCAGAACUUUUGGUAUGAUGAAGUUCUUAAAAAAUCAUUUUAUAUCAUAACUGUUUUAUGUACUAGAAAAAAAUGUUUACUGAUAUAUCCUACUCCCUCCCUCCCCAAUAUCUUCAUUUAUCUUAAAAUUAUGUUUACCCUUUGUGUUUCUUCAAUAUUUGUGGAAGUUCAUGGUAAUUUUUUUUUUUAUCAAUGAGAAACUGUUUCUCAAGUAUUAUAAUUUUUCAUUCCUAAAAAAAAAAUUUAAUUAAAAGGUCUUGGCAUGCAAUUUAAGUUGAUGUCAUUUUUGAGUGAAAUAUAUUUUUUUUUAAACUUUUUUUUCAUACUUUGCACACUUGCUAGGUAUAAAUAUCUAGCUAUAAAUGUUUUAAUGUAUAAACGUAUUUGUAAACAAUUAUAACAAGCAUUUUUGUGUUUUUAGAAUACUUUUACAAUAAUUUUAAGACAUUAAUCUACAUCAUAAUUAAUUUAUAAUUGAAUAAUAAUAACUUAAUGCCUAUGAUACUGUUUUCAAUCUUUGAAUUUUGUUAAACAAUUGUUAGUGAACCUUAUUGUUGUAGUUGAGCACUUAAAACUGUUUAUAUCAUCAUACUCUAGAGCUGCAUAAGGCUUGUUUUUAAAGCGUAUGGACGAAUGAGGAACUGACUGAUUUGUAUUGGUCGCUUUUUCACUCAUAGUGUUACUGCCAACAUCACACGAUUUAGUUUGCACUUGAACUGAUUUGUAGACAUCAAUAGUUUGUGCACUUUGAGUUGUUACUUUUGAUGUUGCAUUGUUGGUGUCAAUUACUUUCUUAUUCAUACAUUUUUUUAUUUCCUUUGUUUUAUGGAUGUUUUUAUUUAUUGCACUUGUGCCGUUUGGAUAAAAUGCUGUUUGUACUUGUGCAUCUUUGUACUUGUCCUUUUCACUCAUUCUAUACAUGUAUAGAUUAUACAUUUAGCAUUCUAUUAAAGUUACAGAAUGAAGCUACUUACAGUUCAUUUGAAUUGUGUUGUGUUUCUGCCAUUUGUUCAUAUAAGUGGAAAAAUGAUAAUAAAUGUGUUUUAGACCUCA